AUGACUCUCUUCUUUCUUCAGGACAUUCAGAUCGAGGCGCUGCUGAUGCGAGCGUGUGAACCCGUAAUUCAGGCCUAUUGUCACGAGGUCGCUGACAAUCAGAUCGACACGGGUGAUCUGAUGGAGUGUUUGGUUCAGAACAAACACCAGAAAGAGAUGAAUGAAAAGUGUGCAGUGGGAGUUACUCAUUUUCAGUUGAUUCAGAUCAAAGAUUUCCGCUUCUCCUACAAGUUCAAGACGGCCUGCAAGGAGGACGUACUCAAGCUGUGUCCCAACAUCAAGAAGAAGGUGGACGUUGUGAUCUGCCUCAGCACCACGGUGAGGAAUGACACGCUGCAGGACGCCAAGGAGCAGCGAGUGUCCGUCAAAUGUCGAAAACAGCUGCGAGUGGAAGAGGUGGAGAUGUCUGAAGACAUCCGUCUGGAACCAGAGCUCUAUGACUCCUGCAAGCAGGACAUCAACAGGCUGUGUCAGAACGUGGCUUUCGGCAACGCGCAGGUUAUUGAGUGUCUGAAAGAGAGCAAGCGGCAGCUAACCCAGCGUUGCCACCAAAGGAUCUUCAAGCUUCAGGAAGUGGAGAUGGUUGAUCCAGAACUGGACUACCAGCUGAUGAGAGUCUGCAAGCACAUGAUCAGACGCUUCUGCACAGAGUCGGAGGGGAAAAACGUGCUUCAGUGUCUGAAACAGAACAAGAACAGCGAGCUGAUGGACCCCAAAUGCAAACAAAUGAUCACCAAGAGACAAAUCACCCAGAACACAGACUACAGGUUGAACCCGGUCCUGAGGAAGGCCUGUAAAGCCGACAUCCCAAAGUUCUGCCAGUCCAUCCUGAAUAAGGCCACAGCUGACACCGAGCUGGAGGGGCAGGUCAUCUCCUGCCUCAAGCUCAGAUAUGCUGACCAGCGCCUGUCUCCCGACUGUGAGGAUCAGAUCCGGGUCAUCUUACAGGAGUCCGCCCUGGACUACAGGCUGGACCCCCAGCUGCAGAUCCACUGCACACACGAGAUCACCAGCCUGUGUCCGGAGGAGGCUGCAGCCCAGGAGCAGACGGGGCAGGUGGAGGAGUGUCUGAAAGUGAACCUUCUGAAGAUCAAACAGGAAGGCUGUAAGAAGGAGGUGUUGAACAUGCUGAAGGAGAGUAAGGCAGACAUCUUUGUUGACCCCGUCCUCCACACGGCCUGCGCCCUGGACAUCAAACACCACUGUGCAGCCAUCCCACCCGGGAAAGGGCGCCGUGAGUCUAAACAGCACACGCCUGCAUAA